AUGGAGAGAAGAUUAGUGCUGAAAGAGUUGGAGCUGAAGAAAGCAGAGUUUAAAGAAGAGCGACGGUUAGAAGAUUCGUCAUCAGGGACAUCAGGCGAUGUAGAAGAGUUUGCAGUUGAGAUAGAAAGCGGAGGGAAUAAUGGACAACAGAUAGAUGUGCAGAAAUGGGUGAACAAUAUACCGACCUACGCCGAUGUUAAUGGUUCAACCAAAUCAGACGGGCCAACAGCAUGUAUAGUAUCUGAGGUUAGUGAUAGGUCUGAUUUGUUGAAUUCGCCACAACCAACGUCUUCUAGUAACCUAUUGGAGAAGUCAUCAGAAACUGAUGUUAUGGCACAUUUCAGUGAAACUACGUAUAUAACAUCUGAGGAGCUGGAACAACAACAUAGUAGUAGAGAGAUUCCAAACAUUGAAUUCCUAGAAAACAUCAGAAGCUCUAAUUUUCUUGGAACCAUUUCAGAUAUUUCAAGCUCACAUCUGGUGGAAAAAAAUGUUGUAAUCGAUGAUAGCGUCCUAUCCAAUCAACCAACUAAUGAAACGACAAGUAUACAUAACAUGACUGGGGAUGAUGGAUUAGACAGCAUUUCAACAGAAUUCAUGGAAGAUUCAGAUGAUUCUAUAGCUGAUCCUGAUUUUCAGGAAGAUCCUGAGAAGUCAAAAGAAACUGAUAAUGACGAAGAUUCUGAAGAGUCAAAUGACGAAUCGGAAAACCCGCCAGCCUCUGUAGAGGACGUUGGAUCAUUACAGCAAACUGAAGACCCCGUCUUGCCUAGAGGAAGAAAAAGAAAAGCACUACCAGAUACUUGGCAAAGAAACAUAAGAAAGAGAAGUGUUUUAGGUGGAGCCGAACAUAAAUAUAAAACAAAAGUUAUAAAAGCAAAGCAAGUAGGACAGCCGUGCAAUGAUACAUGUCAUUUCAAAUGCAAGGAACAGAUUUCGGAAGACUUAAGGAAGUCAAUACAUUCAAAAUUCUGGAACCCAAAUCAAUCAAUGGAUAUGAAGCGACAGUAUGUAAGUGCAAUGGUUCAAUUAGUACCAGUGUCACGAAUUCGUGAAAAAACAGGCUCAAGAUCUGGUAGAAGGAAUUUCACCCGCCAAUAUUGUUUCGAAUUCAAUGGUUCUAAAAUUAAAGUUUGUCAAAAAUUUUUCCUCAGCACCUUGAGUAUUUCUCAGAGUUUUGUCACAACAGCUUUGAAGAAAAAAAUUGAUGGUGGGAUAGUUGGGGAAGAUCUCAGAGGAAAACACGCAGCUAUCAAUAAAAUUCCUGAAAAUGUACGCCAAGGAGUUCGAGAUCACAUAAUGAGGUUUCCUAUAAUUGAAUCCCAUUAUUCUAGAGAGAGAUCAAAGAAGAAAUACUUGGGUAACGAUCUGAACUUGACCAGAAUGUACGAACUCUACAAAGCCGAAUGCCAUGGAUGCAAUACACCAGAAGAACUCAUUGCGAAAAAUUGGCUAUACAUUGAAAUAUUCCAAACAGAAUUCAACUUAUCAUUCAAAUUACCCUACAAUGAUACUUGUGAUGAAUGCGACAAACUAUUACUUUGCAAAGGUCAGGCGACUGAACCCGCUGAAAGGGAUGAGCUUCAGCAAAGAUAUUCGGAACAUAUCAAUGAAGCUUCCAAUAGGUAUUCCCUCAAGAAGCAAGAUAAGGAACUGGCCCAAAGAAGUAAUGAGAAAAUAAUGAUAACUGUAGACUUACAGAAAUGUCUUCCUACACCAGUGCUCACAAACGCUCAGAGCUUUUAUACACUGAAAUUAUGGACAUAUAACUAUACCAUUAACGAGGCAAGUAGAAAUAUGACAACUUGCAUCAUGUGGGACGAGUCAAAAUCUGGCCGUGGAGGUAAUGAAAUGGCUUCAGGAAUGUUGGAAUGGGCAAUGGGCAUAGACAAAAGUGUAUCAGAAAUAACAAUCUGGUCUGACAAUUGCCCAUCCCAGAAUCGGAACAUUAUUAUGGUUAUGGCCUACUUCUGGAUAACUAAUAGAAAUUCCAAUGUGAAAAUUAUCAAUCACAAGUUCUUGCUUCGUGGUCAUACUCAUUUGGAGGUUGAUGGAGAUCACUCGCUCAUCGAAAGGGAGAGGAAAAAAACACAAUUUCUACAAAUAAUGACACCUUGGGACUGGCAACAAAUCGCUCGGCUUUGUAGUAGGUCGAAGCCUUUCAAUGUGGUCAACAUGGAACUUGGCGAUUUCAAAGAUUUCAAGACUCUUUAUACUUCCAACACAUCUCCCUUCAUUUAUCGCAAGAAAACAAUGACUGGAACUGAUUUUCAAAUAUCGAAAGUUGUUCAUUUACAAGUGCGCUCUGAAGAAAUGGGCAAACUUUUUUAUAAAACGAAUUUUGAAUCUAACGACUUUGACUGUGUUGAUUUGAACCGUACUGGAAGACGCAUAAUGAUUCCUGAUAACCUUCCACCAUUACGUCAACAAUCAAAUUGCAUUUCUACUAAGAAAUACAAACACCUGCAGACGUUGUUACCAUGGAUUCCAUCACAGUUUCACAGUUUUUACAAAGAGUUAUCCCAUUCUGAUAAAGUGGAUGAUGACAUUUGA